AUGGUUGAUAAAAAGUACGAGGAUCUCUACGAGGACCCCCUGGAGCGAGCCAAGGCAUGGCUCACCAAAGACGACGAUGACCACUGGAAGGCCGGAGAAUGGAUGUCCAAACUCCUCCCCCAUCUGGUCGUUUUGGCCGCAAAUCCCGAUGCCCCAGCACCCUCCGUCACAUUUACAUUCACCUGCCUCGAGGACCACUGCAACCGCCUGGGCAACCUCCACGGCGGCGCGGCCGCCACCCUCUUCGACCUGUGCACCACCAUCCCCCUGGUUCUCAUCAGCAAGCCCGGGUUCUGGCAGUUCCUCGGCGUCACUCGCAACUUGAACGUGACGUAUUUCCGGCCCGUGCCCAAGGGCGAAGAGGUCAUCAUUGAGUGCGAGGCGCUGCAGGUGGGUAAGAGGCUGGCGACCUUGAAGGGCGUCAUGAAGCGGAAGCGGGACGGUGCCAUUGUGAGCAUUGCCGAGCACUUGAAGGCAAACAUUGAUCCCGAGCCAAAGGUCUGA